GGGCAUGCUCCGUAGCCCUGGCAGGUUGGGGCUGCGAGGCAGGCGACAGCUCGGGCUCCGGAGCCGGGCAGCGAGAGCAAGGAGGGAUACUCGGGGGCCAGGGAGGAGGAGCGGCGGGCCCGGGGCCGGGGCGCGCAGAGCCCGGCUGGCUGCGUAUCGGGCCGGCGCUGCCCCGUGGGCUCCGGGAGGCUACUGCGGGGACCCCCCGCCUGGGGAGGAGUUUCAGGUCUCGAAUAUCAUCAUGGCCAAACCUUAUGAAUUUAACUGGCAGAAGGAAGUUCCUUCCUUUCUGCAAGAAGGAGCAGUUUUUGACAGAUACGAAGAGGAAUCCUACGUGUUUGAACCCAAUUGCCUCUUCAAAGUGGAUGAGUUCGGCUUCUUUCUGACCUGGAAAAGUGAAGGCAAGGAAGGACAAGUGUUAGAAUGUUCUCUCAUCAACAGUAUUCGGCUGGGAGCCAUUCCUAAGGAUCCCAAAAUCCUGGCUGCUCUGGAAGCUGUUGGAAGAUCUGAAAAUGAUCUGGAAGGGCGGAUAGUCUGUGUCUGCAGUGGUACAGAUCUGGUGAACAUCAGCUUCACUUACAUGGUGGCAGAAAAUCCAGAAGUCACUAAGCAAUGGGUAGAAGGCCUGAGAUCGAUCAUACACAACUUCAGGGCCAACAACGUCAGUCCAAUGACAUGCCUCAAGAAACACUGGAUGAAAUUGGCAUUUAUGACCAACCCCAGUAGUAAAAUUCCAGUUAGGAGUAUUACUAGAACGUUUGCAUCGGGGAAAACAGAAAAAGUGAUCUUUCAAGCGCUCAAGGAGUUAGGUCUUCCAAGUGGAAAGAACGAUGAAAUUGAGCCUGCUGCAUUUACUUACGAAAAGUUCUAUGAACUUACACAAAAGAUUUGUCCUCGGACAGAUAUAGAAGAUCUUUUUAAAAAAAUCAAUGGAGACAAAACUGAUUAUUUAACGGUAGACCAAUUAGUGAGCUUUCUAAAUGAACAUCAACGAGAUCCUCGACUGAAUGAAAUUUUAUUCCCAUUUUACGAUGUUAAAAGGGCAAUGCAAAUCAUUGAGAAGUAUGAGCCUGACGAAGAUUUGAAGAAAAAAGGCCUCAUAUCAAGUGAUGGGUUUUGCAGAUAUCUGAUGUCAGAUGAAAAUGCCCCAGUCUUCCUAGAUCGCUUAGAACUUUACCAAGAAAUGGACCAUCCUCUGGCUCACUACUUCAUCAGUUCUUCCCAUAACACCUAUCUCACUGGCCGACAGUUUGGUGGGAAAUCUUCGGUAGAGAUGUACAGACAAGUUCUCCUGGCUGGUUGCAGGUGUGUUGAACUUGAUUGUUGGGAUGGAAAAGGUGAAGAUCAAGAACCGAUAAUAACUCAUGGAAAAGCAAUGUGCACAGAUAUCCUUUUUAAGGAUGUAAUUCAAGCCAUCAAGGAAACUGCAUUUGUCACAUCGGAAUAUCCUGUAAUUCUCUCCUUUGAAAAUCACUGCAGCAAAUAUCAACAGUACAAGAUGUCCAAAUAUUGUGAAGAUCUAUUCGGGGAUCUCCUGUUGAAACAAGCACUUGAAUCACAUCCACUCGAGCCAGGCAGGCCUUUGCCUUCCCCCAAUGACCUCAAAAGAAAAAUACUCAUCAAAAAUAAACGUCUGAAACCCGAAGUUGAAAAAAAACAGCUGGAAGCUUUGAAAAGCAUGAUGGAAGCUGGAGAAUCCGCUGCUCCAGCUAACAUCUUAGAGGAUGAUAAUGAAGAGGAAAUAGAAAGUGCUGACCAGGAGGAGGAAGCUCACCCCGAAUUCAAAUUUGGAAGUGAACUUUCUGCAGAUGACUUGGGUCAUAAAGAAGCUGUUGUCAAUAGCGUCAAGAAGACUUCAGAUGACCUUGAACAUGAAAACAACAAAAAGGGCCUGGUUACUGUGGAAGACGAGCAGGCAUGGAUGGCGUCCUAUAAAUACGUAGGUGCUACCACUAAUAUCCAUCCGUAUUUAUCCACAAUGAUCAACUACGCACAGCCCGUAAAGUUUCAAGGUUUCCAUGUGGCAGAAGAACGGAAUAUUCAUUAUAACAUGUCAUCUUUUAAUGAAUCAGUCGGUCUUGGCUACUUGAAGACACAUGCAAUUGAAUUUGUAAAUUAUAACAAACGGCAAAUGAGUCGCAUUUACCCCAAGGGAGGCCGAGUUGAUUCCAGUAAUUACAUGCCUCAAAUUUUCUGGAAUGCUGGCUGCCAGAUGGUUUCCCUGAACUAUCAAACCCCAGAUUUAGCGAUGCAAUUGAAUCAGGGAAAAUUUGAGUAUAAUGGAUCAUGCGGGUAUCUUCUCAAACCAGACUUCAUGAGGAGGCCAGAUAGAACAUUUGAUCCCUUCUCAGAAACCCCAGUGGACGGGGUCAUUGCAGCCACGUGUUCAGUACAGGUCAUAUCAGGGCAAUUCUUAUCAGAUAAGAAAAUUGGCACAUAUGUAGAAGUAGAUAUGUAUGGAUUGCCAACCGACACCAUACGCAAGGAAUUCCGAACUCGCAUGGUCAUGAACAAUGGAUUAAAUCCAGUUUACAAUGAAGAAUCAUUUGUAUUUCGGAAGGUGAUCCUGCCCGACCUUGCUGUCUUAAGAAUAGCAGUGUAUGAUGAUAACAACAAGCUGAUUGGCCAGAGGAUCCUUCCACUGGAUGGCCUCCAAGCAGGAUACCGACAUAUUUCCCUUCGAAAUGAGGGAAAUAAACCUUUGUCACUGCCAACAAUUUUCUGCAAUAUUGUUCUUAAAACAUAUGUGCCUGAUGGAUUUGGAGACAUUGUGGAUGCUUUAUCAGAUCCAAAGAAAUUUCUUUCAAUUACUGAAAAGAGAGCAGACCAAAUGAGAGCUAUGGGCAUUGAAACGAGUGACAUAGCUGAUGUACCCAGUGACACUUCCAAGAAUGACAAGAAAGGAAAGGCCAACACAGCCAAAGCAAAUGUGACCCCUCAGAGCAGCUCUGAGCUCAGACCAACAACCACAGCCACCAUAGGCUCUGGCAUGGAAGGCAAAAAAGGUAUUGAACUUAUCCCUCAAGUGAGGAUAGAAGAUUUAAAGCAGAUGAAGGCUUACUUAAAGCAUUUAAAGAAACAACAGAAAGAGCUCAAUUCUUUAAAGAAGAAGCAUGCAAAGGAGCACAGUACCAUGCAGAAGUUACAUUGCACACAAGUUGACAAAAUCGUGGCACAGUACGACAAGGAGAAGUCGACUCAUGAGAAAAUCCUAGAGAAGGCUAUGAAAAAGAAGGGGGGAAGCAAUUGUCUUGAAAUGAAAAAAGAAACAGAAAUUAAAAUUCAGACACUGACAUCAGAUCACAAAUCUAAGGUCAAAGAGAUUGUGGCACAGCACACAAAGGAAUGGUCAGAAAUGAUCAACACCCACAGUGCUGAGGAGCAAGAAAUCCGAGACCUGCACCUUAACCAGCAGUGUGAGUUGCUGAAGAAGCUACUGAUCAAUGCUCAUGAGCAGCAAACCCAGCAGCUGAAACUGUCCCAUGACAGGGAAAGCAAGGAAAUGCGAGCCCACCAGGCUAAGAUUUCUAUGGAAAAUAGCAAAGCUAUCAGCCAAGAUAAGUCUAUCAAGAAUAAAGCAGAACGGGAAAGGCGAGUCAGGGAGUUAAACAGCAGUAACACCAAAAAGUUUCUAGAAGAAAGAAAGAGACUCGCAGUGAAGCAGUCCAAAGAAAUGGAUCAGUUGAAAAAAGUCCAACUUGAACACCUUGAAUUCCUAGAGAAACAGAAUGAGCAGCUUUUGAAAUCCUGUCAUGCAGUGUCCCAAACGCAAGGCGAAGGAGAUGCAGCAGAUGGUGAAAUUGGAAGCCGAGAUGGACCGCAGACCAGCAACAGUAGUUUAAAACUCCAAAACGCAAACUGAAGCAGCAGAAUCGCCACACAUCAAAAGAUCACUCCUAGCUUCUGAACACACAGUCCACGGACAAAAGCUGUUUCUCUUGUGUUUCCUUCAUGCAUAAACAAGACGUUACCUGAGACCACAGAGACUGGGGAUGACUUUUGUACUUUGAUUUAACAAUUUGAAUAUUAAAUUUCCUUGCCCAAACAAAAGUAGCUGCAAAACCACACCAGUGAGGCAGAGUUUAACCAUUGAUGAUACAACUUAAACAUGUUUGUUAUAAGAAACCAUCACAAGUAAAUGAGCUUGGUGUUAACAACUCUGCUUUGUGAUGCAUUAGAACAUGUUUGAGGUGCAGCAAAAAUAGUGCAUUAGCAAUUUAAUAGCAAGUGCAUGCACUAGAAGAAAAAACAAAAUUCUGUCUAAAGAUUCCUUAACAGAAGUGGUGGUCUGCUAGACAAAUAAUCUUGCAGAAUUUUUCUACAUCUAAGUUACCUCAUCAAUAAGUGCCAUGUCUUUACCAUGCCAUAGCAAGCUAAUUUCCUGUAAAACUUAUGGAAAUUAGUAGAACAAUAAAAAAAUACAAUAGAAAAGUGUACCUGUGCCAAAACUCAUCAGCGCUCAAAGGGGAACUCUGUUAGGGUCAUUUAAGAAAGUUUACAUCUGACACUGCUUUAUAGGAAUUGCUUCUGCAUAUUCCAGAUAUUGUAAUUCACUGUUACACCAUAAAGAUUGUGGUUAUUGGCAAAUGUUUGUAAAUGUGACCAUGUAUAAAGUAUUUAUACUCCUUAACUCACAUUGUUAUAGAGCAGAAUCAUCUACAUAUUGCCACAUGACAAAGAUUAGUAAACAGGAAUAUUAGAACUGUGUUUUGCAUGAUACACACGCACCAGUUAAGACUAAUCUGUUCAGACAUAGUUAACCUAAUGGCAGAUACAUACUGGUUAAAUAAAUGUAUGGCACAGAAUAUAAUUUGAACUAUCCAGACUUUUAGCAUAAUGAAAAAGUCUCUAUAUAUAUGUGUAUAUGAAUUAUGUGGGCAUUCUUGAUACUUCAAGUUCUAGUUUAAAAAAAUACAUAACUAAUUUAAUUUUACACAAAAAAUAUUUAUGCAGAUUUUCAGAAUUUCAUAUCAGGAAAUAACCUUUUUAUGUCUAUUAAAUAUCCAAACAAUUUGCUACAGUGUUAAUCUGCAUGAUCUUUAAGCCUGCUGUUGUCCUGUUGCAGACAGUGCAUGAAGAAGUAUAACGCCGGGAAUUGAGCCAUGCCGCCAAAGCCAGGAGCUGGAAGCAGUGCAUGGAGGCCUGGUAGCCUAGAACUAAUCAGAUUACUGAUUUUAGGACACAAAACGCCAACUGAAUUGUUGUAUAUGCUUGUACAAAUUGAUUCUGUGUGUUCCUCUGAACAAAACAGAGAAAUUAUGAUACCGUCAAUAUUGAAAUUCAACUUCCAACUUCUCUAAUAAAAAAUGAAAACACACUUAGCAUUCGUCAGAGAAUUUGCUCCCAAGUUGUUUGCUCAUAAGCUUUUUGCCUUUUACAUAAAUGAUCUCUUCAUAAUUUUCAAAAGGUGCUUAUUUCAUGCCCCAACUGUAUUUUCUCCCAAAUGACACGAAAUACGUGGAUCCUAUUUAUCUUUCAAUUGUAAUGGCCGUGUUUUUCUGUUCCUCAUAUUUAUUUGUAAAAUUUCUCAGAUACCCUACUUUUCUUGUUUGUAAAAUAAUAUAUCUUUCACACUACAUAUCAUGAAAAAGCAUGGUUAACAAAGUGUUGCCACAUUUGGAUUGCCUGUUUUCAAAAAGUCCGAAUGGCUACUCUUCAUCAUGUCAAAUGGCCUGUUCUGAGAGCUCAGCAGACCUCACCAUUCUGUAACCUAUGACUAAAUUCAUCUCUUGCCUCUGCUUUUGAGAAAUACUACUAGUUUUGCAUUUUCCUGGCAAUUUCUUCUCUGGUUUUUCAUCCCUUUAUGCCACCAUAAAUAGUUAUAUUUUCCAGUGUUAUAUAAUAAACCAGUAUUUUCCUUUAGCCCCAAUUACUUUCAGUAUUUAAGACAUCUUAACUCUUUCAAAGGAGCCAUUAUAGUAGGAUUAAAAUACACAUGGCACAAUCUGUAAUAAAGAUGUGCUUCACUUGCUAUUAUAUGUUCAAGUUGCACCCAGAUCCUCCAUUAUCACUUACUAGAAAAACAAAGUCUUGCUAAUUAAAGUAACUCAGUCUCUUCCAGCUUUUAAAAAGGAAAACUUUAUUUCAGGAACAUAUUCAAUUACUUUAAUAUCAAAUUCUCUUUUAGAGGUCCUUUCUCAUUCAGGAGGUCUCUCACGUGUUUGCCCAAACAGCUCCUGGCUGCAAAGGGAAGCUCAUGUGUCCUCAUGACAGCUGGGAGCAGCCUCUGGCCUUGUGCUGCUGGCCUAGCCCAGCUGUGCAAAGUAUGCCUUUCCACACAGGCGUUCAAGGUCAAAGCCCCUGCUCAGCCACAUUCUCAUUCUGAGCUCAGUUAUUCUGGCAUUUUUCUGAGCUGUGCAGAAAUUCUGGAUCUUUGGAGGCUGUGGAAGAACUGGAGGUGCUAGCGCACAUCCACCUAUCAAAACACCUCUUGGACUGUCAACUACUUACAUCGUGUGUUUGAUACCAUGGAGACUUCAAAAUCCAAGAGGCAUGGUGUCCCCUAGAACUAUGUCCCCAGAAACAAGGAGCAAGGCUGUUUACACUGGGCCCCAAGAUUGUCAGGGCUGCUACUAUAUUUUGCUUUUCACACACCCAGGACUUCUUCCAAUUUGGAAACCAGGGCAAUUCUCACCUUUCUUCUUCCUCUCAGCCCAGAGAGGAUACGCAAUGCCCAUUUCUAACUGGGAUAAGCAUGUAGUAUUACGUUUUCCCAAAUCACUUGUUCAACCCUUUUUGGAGAGAUAAAAGCCUUCAUGAGAAAGAAGCCCACUUGCCAAGGUAAUACACCCCAUCAGGAAGUACCAUAUUUCAUAAAAUGUAAGGCACCAAUGGCUUAUAACAUGCGUUAUUUUAUAUAUCUCACAGAGUGAAAACAUUUUGCCAAUUAAACAAUUGACACACUCUCCAAUGAUUAAGAUAACCUCAGUUUCAGAGAUUAAAAAAUAUAAAGAGUACGUGCAUCGGAGAAUCCAUGAAAUAUAGUAUAGUAGUUCAAAACUAUACAAGUUCUUCAAACUACAAGCCUCAAAGAAGGGAACAAAAGAGAAUCUUUUCAUUAGAAAAGCUAAAGUAAGGAACAGUUCUGAAACUGGGUUUCAGGUUUGUUUGUUUGUUUGUUUACUUUUAUGUAUGUUGAGACAGGCCUUUGCUGUGUAGUUCAUGCUGGCCUUGAACUCACUGUGUAGCCCAGCACUCACAGGGAUCCUCCUGCCUCAGCCUCCUGAAAGCCGGGAUCACAGGCAUAUGCCACCAUACCCAGCUGGUUUUCAGAUUUAACAAUGAACUUCCUUCUAAACGAUUCAAAAAGGGAAACAAAUCUAUCUCAUCAUCAUUUCAGAAAUUUUUUCUAUAUGUUCUCCUUUAAUUUUUUCAUUUGAUCACACACCUUCAGUUUAUACUUCUUUGCAUAUAAUUCUCAAAUCUCUAACUUUAACCUUGCUCUUUUUUCCCCUAAAUUCUGAUCCUUCCUUUCAGAUUGUCAAGAGUUAAACAGCCCAUGUGCACAUUUUAUGUAAUUAACAACAACGACAACAAAAAAAUCAAGUUCCUUUGUUCUUCUAUUCUCCCUGCUUAUUUCAAUAGUUCAUAACCAGUGCUGAACCUUGGGCCAAUUUUGUUCUGCUCCAUCUCCUUUGCUCCCACACCCAAUCUGUUGAUAAAUCCUAUGAAUUCUCUCCUUACUCUCUUGGAAGUCUCCCUCUCCUCCCUUACAACAUCUCUCAUUCCUUAACAGCCAAAAUUGUAACCUUCCUAUUCAUGUUCUUUACCUUUAAAAUCUUUUCUACACAGAUUAAUCUCCUGAAAUGUUUUUGCUUUUAAAUAUAGGAUUCCUAUCCACUAUCUAAAGAACAAUAUUAAAAUUAUUGAUACCAACAUUCAGUUUCUAGACCUACCCUGCUUCCUCAGCCAGCCAAUUUGAACUCAUCACUCUCCACUCACAAACACAUUGCACACGUCUUUUCCAGCCACGUUACAGAAUGAUGUCUUAUCAACCCUUAACAACCACUGCAAAGCUCCCUCGUUCUCUCCAGCAAGAAAUAUUCUACCCUUCUCAAUGCAUCUAUUUAUACUGUGAAGAAUAUAGUAAAUGUAAGACAUUUCCAACAUCGCCAACUAGCUCUAGCUUUGCUCCUUUACUUUUCAAAGAACAAAUAGUCAAUAACCAUAAAAUAACUUCCUAAAUUAUUUUCUGUGAAAUAAAAUGUAAGAUGUGUGACUCUGUGUCCUUAUACAGGAAAUAUCUUUAAAAACUGAAUGAAAGUCUAAGCUUUUAUCUUGUAUCAUCUCAAUUUUGAGAAAACCAAUUUUCCUCAAUUCUGUUAGCAUCCUUUUAAAAUAGUCCAACUAUCACAAUGACCAUCAGGCACUUAACCAGUGGACUCAGCAACGUUUGCAAUGGGGAGUGGGAGGAAUACCUGUAUCACUUCAGUGUUGAGAUUGUUUGAGGGACACCAAAUUUCAAACUCUAAAAGGUUGCUUCAUCCUAAUCCCUUCUGUAAGUCUAGCAGGAUCACACCUCUUUCAACUUUGCUUUGAUGCUUGAUGUUUAACAGAAUUCCAAGCACACAACUUUAAUAAUUACAUGUAUAAUGUCAUAAUAAAUCCAACAUGGUACCUCGAA